AUGGCACCCAUGGACGCAAGAGCCGAAGACUUUCGGGGGAACAAAGGUCUUCUCAUCAUCACAAGCCCAGAGGUUGCAGCCGGCGAUGUCAGUCUCGUUGAGGAUAACGACUCCCAACGGGCCAAUGUUCAACCUUCACUUGAGUCGGCCGACCCACUCCCCUUCGAAGUUGAGACAAUACCGGAUAAAGGUUUAGGAGCCGUCGCAAACAUCCGCAUUAGCGCAGGAGAGGUCAUCUUGAGGGAGCAUCCUGUCAUUAUGAGAUUGGCGCAAGUAUCUGAGUCGAUUAGCUGGAUGCAGGCUCUUUGGGUGCUGGAAGAGGGCUUCAUUCGGCUGCCGAUAGAGGAUCAGCAAAGGGUAUUCGAUCUCUCUAGGAGCACAGGGGGCCAUGUCCUGGAAGAUAUUAUCCGAACAAAUACAUUUGGCGCAAGUUUCAAUAACGUUGCCCAUUUUGGACUGUUUCCAGAUGUCGCGAGAAUUAACCAUGCUUGUAAGCCAAAUGCAAUCACCCGCUUCUCGCCCCGGACGUUGGAGCUAGAAGUUGUGGCGUACAAAGACAUUCUACCGGGCGAGGAACUAAGUAUCAGUUACUCGAUGCUAAACAUGCUGCACCAAGACCGGCAAAACGCCCUCCAAGAAUGGGGGUUCAACUGCACCUGCGCGCUCUGUAGCUCCCCUCCCGAAGUGCUGGCCAUCUCCGAUGCCUACCGUAGACGGCUGCAGGAGAUCUUCUCAGAACUCGAGGACCCGGUCCUCGCAGGCUCGUCAUCUUUAGUGGCGGAGCUGGUCGACGAGCUUGAGGAUAUCAUGGUGAGAGAAGGGUUGACAGCGCAGGCGGGUGAGUUCUACGGCAUAGUUGCUGGGGUAUACCGCAACAUGGGGGAGAAAGAGUUAAGUAAGAAGUAUGCAGAGCUGGCGGUGGAGAAGCUGGUGCAGUUUGCGGGGUACGACGACGACAGGACGGUAAGGGCAAGGGAAGUUCUUUUGGAAUUUGGGGGAACGCAACUCGGCACGGGGUAA